AUGGCGACACCCUCAGCCAAGCCUGGCACAACGCCAACCCAUCUCUCCUCACCUCACCCGACCUCGGCUCCUCUCUCUCGCUCAAUCGCGCAUAAAUCGCCUUCCAUAAGGACACCUACAGCCUCAGGGUCGCAUGUGCAACAUCCCAGCGUCUCUUCCCAUCAAUACUCUACACCUCUCGCCGUGACAAGUGGAGUCGACGACGCGGUCAAUUUCAGCUCACCUUCAGCUCUUUUAGCACUCGGUGGAUAUACUGGGAUCAGCCCGUCACCUGCAGUGCAUGAUGGUUUAGGGUCUGGCAUGAACGAUAGUGAUAUCCAGAAUCUCGGCAUGCAGGGCAUUAAGCUUGGAGUCGCACGAGACAACGACGAAGAACAAAGGCAUCGUAUCGAGGGAGUCGUGCAACUUCUACGCGCGCGAGUUGCUGGAAGAGGCGUGUCUCGGGAAAGCGUCGAACGAUUAAGUCGACUUGAAGGAUUCGAAUCGAUUUGGGAAGACGAUAACCUCAACAUUGCUGGUAACUUUGUCGACCUGGAAAUCGAUUUCCACGCUGGACAUGAUGUCGCCAAGGACGUCAGUCUACGAUAUGCUACGCCAGAAUACACAGAAGGCGUGCGGCGAGAGGAAGCUACUGCGGUGCUGAAACGUACACUCGCUCAAGAUCCGGAGGAUGCUUUGAGUGGAAACUGGAGAUCACUUCAACGGUUCCAUGAAAAUUUACAGUGGCUUGCGAAACUUGAUAAGCUAAGCCAAGAAGUCAACUGUUUCGAGGCACUGGAGAACCUCGAAGAGAACUUCAAGCGCAUCUGGGUUGAAGAAGGGAAGAAUGGGAAGCAUGGUGGUGAUUACCAGCAUCUUUGCGCAGGUGUGAUUGGCCGCCCCAGCAUGCAUAAGGGCACUCGAAUUGGCCUCGGAUUGGAAUACUGGGUUGAACAGGCUAAGGUCUUGGAUGCCAAGAAGCAACAGACUUCUCCAGAUGCCAUGGAGAUUGACCGACAAGAUUCGGCUUCAGAUGAUGAAAUGGACGAUCAACGCAGAGCGUGGACGGUCAUGAUUGAAUGUGAAGAGGGAUAUCCUUCAUUACGCAUUUCAAAGGAGUGGGUUGGAGCAGAAGCCUUCACUGCAGGCGAAAGCAAUGAGUCGCUACCUUCGAAUGGUGCUGCGGGAUCUGUGAAUUGGCUUGAUCCUCCACAGACUAUGCGAUUGACGCAUGGGAACCAUGAUCCUAUGGCCCUGGACUCUAGCAUGCUCGAGUCAUCACCACCCAAUCGCCGUUUCGUCGCUAAGCUUGAGCCCGGGCUCGAUGUUCCAAUUCUUGCAGCGUCCGAGAUCUACCGCCAUCUUGGUAUGCAGCUACCACAGGAAUAUAAGAUCGUGACCUACGACAUGUUGUUGGUUUCAGAAGGGUCGGCGUUGUCGUCUCCAGAUUCAUCCCCCCAAAUCGGCCGCAGGAAGCGACGAACUUCAGUGUCUGCUGUUGACUCCAAGGGCGAGUCAUGCACAAAGCACCACAACUACACAUUCCAAGCUUUCGAGUCUGUUGCAGGUCGAACUAUCCGCGAUCUGCCAUUCUCUCAUCCCCGGCAGCUUGCAGACAUUCUUCCGAUUCUCCGGCAGUAUGCUUUGCUAGCCAACUUAAUUCGGAAGACCUUCCACCUCCCUUCCAACGAAACCGACAAUACACCUCAGCCUCUCAAGACAAACACCAAAAACCCUUCACCGUCCGAUAGCCUCCACGAUCUCUUUGCCGGUCAGGAUGGACUCGUUGUCCUAAGCAACAACGAUCCAAAUGAAAACCGCCUGAACCUUCUUCUGGGAAUGAAUGACAAAUACAAAAAUGAGUCCGGCCAUUUGACAAUUUCCACCAAAGAAAAAAGUCCACAGCAACUUUCCAUGACCGACGUCAAAGUAGACGUCACAUUACGCACUCAACUUGGCCAAGCACCCGCCCUCAUGCUGCUGAUCACAGAACCUCAGCACCAACAAGUAUUCAAGCAGAUUUCCAUUUGUUUCGAGGUGGGGCUCAAUGGUCACAUUUCGGUGGUUGAGACCGCCGGUUUAUCGAAGGAGAACGGCGCCGAUACUGAAAUGCAAGGGGCUGAUAGUUCUGAUUCUGGCGUGCAGGAUGUGCACAAGAAGAUAACUAGAGUGCUGGAGGUCUCUCAGGACUUGGGGAUUCUGGUCGAGUGGGUACUGCGUUGGUUGCAGCAGCGGGCUGGUAGUGCAUGA